AUGCCAACCAUGGCCCACCUCCCACGGUUCAGGCGGGCCAAAAAGAAGCUGCCUGCUGGUCCCCCGCUGAUAACCAACGGUCUUGCUGGACCUAGCAGCAGCAACAACAACUUGACGACUGAUCCAACCGGAAAGAUCACCCCUCCACCUGGCGAUCUUCCUCUGCCGGUGCCCGAGUCGCCGCUGAGACCGUUUGGCGGGAAGCUCAGCCCUUUUAGUCGGGUUUUCCACCGGUCGCAGAAGCGGGCGCGCGAUUCGCCUCCCGCGUCGAUGCCGCAUUCACCUUUGGCGACUGCGCCGGUUGCUGGUUCGGUUGAUGGCAGGCCGGUGUCGCCUUUGAGUUUGAAGAUGGAUACGAGUGGGCUACAGACGGCUGGGGAGAAUAAUGGGGAGAGUGGACAGCAGUUGCUGCAGGUACAACAACAACAACAACAACAACAACAACUGAAGGAGAAGCCAUCAUCAUCAUCAUCAUCAUCAUCAUCAUCAUCAUCAUCAUCCUCAUUGUUGCGAGUACCAAAGCAGGUGAAGAUGCCCGCGUUUCUGGAAUCAAACGAGAUAGACAUCGAAUUCAAAUUCGGCGAACUAGUCUGGCUCGAAAGAAUGCGCAUCCAACAAGGCCUCGAAAACGAAAACUCGUCCAGCUUCUCCCCCGACUUUCGCUGGGCUCGCGUAAAAGGGCCCCAUCUCCGAAAACUGGACAGGUACAUGAACAUCCAACCCUGGCACAACCACCGGAUCAAGCUCCAGGUCCCAGAAGGAAAACUCGACUACGUCAACGCCUCCCCCAUCGUCCUGCACCCUUUCCCCAUCAGCGGCCGGCCGAGAGAACCAGACCGGUACAUCGCCAUGCAGGGGCCAAAGCAAAACUCGAUGGACCACGUCUGGAGGAUGGUGGUGGAACAGGUCGAAUCGCCGGGUGUGAUUGUCAUGUUGACCGAGACGCACGAGGGGCACAUGGAGAAGUGUUUUCCUUACUUUCCACGGAGCCAGGAAGACCCCCCGCUUGAGAUCAACGAGAGGGAUGAGUUUGGGGAUGGGUUCAGGGCGACGGUCCGGUGCGACGGGUUGGAGCCCACCCCGGCAGGGGACGCGAUUGAGCUACGCAAGCUGGUCAUUACAAUCCAUUCCCGCGGCGGUGGCGGCGGGGGACAAAACAGGAAGAAAUCCCGCUCUCCGGUCCGGCUUUUCACCAAUGGACGGGAUAAAACUCCUGAACCGAGCUCUGCGGCGACGACGAGGGAAACGGAGAGGGACGCGGAUAUGGACGUCAAGAUGAAGUCUCCUGGUGCUGCCACCUCGUCGCCUGGCAAGCUCGAGGUUCCUGUUUUGGAGGAGGAUUAUGUCCCCUCACCUACUGAAUCGAGUGUGUCGAGUGGUGGUGGUGGGGGGGGGGCAGUGGAGGAGAAGAUUCUCUGGCACUUUCUCUAUAAAAAGUGGCCGGAUUUCGGCGUCCCGGCGAUGGAGGACUUGGACUCGUUUUUUACGCUGAUGGGCUUGUCGAGGGAGAAGAAUGCGGGGCCGCAUAAUCCGAGGAUUGUGCACUGCUCUGCUGGGGUGGGGAGGUCGGGGACGUUUAUCGCGCUGGAGCAUUUGAUGAGGGAGUUGGAGGCUGGGGUGUUGGAGCGGUGGGAUGAGAUGGUUGCUACUGCGAACAACUCGAGGCGCGGGUCGGUCAGUGAAAGAGGGGGGAAGAGGGAAGGGGGGGAGUGGGAUAGGGAUAGGGAUGGGGAGGGUGAGGGGAGCGAGGGGGGGAGUAGUGAGACUGGGGGGAUGGUGCUGGGGGAGGAUUUGAUUUUCGACACGGUGAAUCAGUUGAGGGAGCAGAGGAAGAUGAUGGUGCAAGCGGAGGGGCAGUAUCAGUUUAUUUAUGGGGUGCUGAGGAAGUUGUGGGUGGAGAGGUAUGGCGGUGGUGGUGGUGGUGGUGGUGAGGUUGUUGGUGGGUUGAGAGGGGGGGAGGGACAGGGACGAGAAGAGGAGGUGGAGGUGGAGGAGGUGAAAGAUGAUCAUAGGGAGGGGGAGCCGGCGAAGAAGAGGGUGGAGGUUGAGUUUGAGAAGAGUGAGGGGAGGGAUCCUUUUGCUUGAGACUUUCCAGUAGAUGUGUGUGGGAAGGAGGAGCAAUUGCAUUGUAAGGGGGGCAUAAUAGGGGCGGUGUUUUAUGUUUUUUUUGUUGUUCUUUGUCUGAGCGUUUUUUUCUUCUGCUUUCUUUCAUCGCAUGGGUGGGCAUAUAUAUCUUUGGGGAGGCAUACAUGUUAGAUGGAUUUUUCUUUCUUUUUGUUUUGAGUUUUUAUUAUAAUUAUUGGAGGGGGUAGGAUAGGAUUGACGAGUUUUGUAUGAUUCAACAUGGGGGCGGGUUUUCUGUUUUUUUUCUCUUUUUUUGUUACUUUUUAGAUACCCAGGUAUUUUGGCAUGGUUUUGGGGGAUGUGGUUGCAUAGGAUGAGGAAUUGGGAUGUGGUUGCAUAGGAUAAGGAAAUGGGGGAUAGGAUAGGAAAGGAAAGGAGAGAGGUGCUAUUGCAUUGACAUUUCUGUACGAUUUACAGUUUGACAUCAAUGUGUGCCCUAAGGUGUGGAAGUAGAGUGAAACGAAGAGAGACGUCCCUUUCAGCGUAGAGAUGUCUCCUUGAUAGCUACGAUCAAAUCCUGGCCCUCGAAAAGGGCCAGGUUGUUUUUGUAUUUUACCAUCCUACA